AGACACAUAGCUCGGCGCGGUAUUUGCCUCGCUUGCUCGGCUGGUAGCAGACUGCCAGUCAUCUAGACCUCCCUCGACGCGGUGCGGCAUUGACCUUCGUAUCGUCGGAAAUGUUCGACCCCAUCAGCCUCGCGUCCGCGGCGGCGACAUGGGUGGUGAACAAGCUGCUCGACCGCCUCUCCAGCGCCGCCAUCAACGCGCUGCUCAGCUCCGAGGGCCUCGAGAAGGAAGUCGCGCACCUCAGUGACGCGCUGCGCCGCGCCAACCUCGUCCUCGGUGCCGUGCCCGCCGGGGCCGCCGCCGGAAUCAGGAUCAGGAACCAGCAGUUGGUGGUGCAGAUCAAUCAAAUGCAGCGCCUGGCCGCCGACCUGGCCAAGUACCUCGACGAGCUCGAGUACUACGAGAUCAAGGAAAAGGUUAAAACGACGAACCAGAAGAGCAGCAAACUAUUGGCAUCCGUGAAAUCUAUCACUCAAGUUGGACAACCGAAGCUGAAAAUCAAUAAAUCUGACAUACCACAUAUAAAAGACGCUGUGGAUAAUCUGCAUAAGAUUUCUGAGGAUGUUCACAACGCUCUACUGCUAGAGAAACUUGAUGGAAUCAACUGGUCGACUCAAAACGCAAGCACAGACACCCGUGAGGCCGUAGAGAACUUCACUGAAGCUAAGGUGUUCUCAAGAGAAGAGAAGAAUGAGAUUGUGGACCUAAUUUGUCGCCAUGCAUCAAGUGAUCAAGAGCUUUUUGUUCUUCCCAUAGUUGGUGAUGGAGGUAUUGGGAAGACAACACUUGCUCGGUUAGUGUACCAUGACCCUCAGGUAAAAGGUAAAUUUGACAUCCUGAUUUGGAUCUAUGUGUCUGCCAACUUUGAUGAAGCCAAGCUCACUCAAGGGAUUCUGGAACAAAUACCCGACUGCGAAUAUAAGAACACUAAAAACCUUACUGUGCUUCAACGUUGUAUCAAGAAAUAUUUGACCAAAAGAUUUCUACUUGUUUUGGAUGACAUGUGGGAAGAGAGUGAGGGUCGCUGGGACAAGCUAUUAGCUCCACUUAGAUGUAUGCAAGUUAAAGGUAAUGCAAUUCUAGUGACAACUCGGAAGUUGUCUGUUGCCAUCAUAACAAGCAAAAAAGAGGCACAUGUCAACUUGGGUGGUAUGAAGGAAGAUGUAUUUUGGCGUUUCUUCAAACAAUGCAUAUUUGGUGAUGAGAAUUAUCGAGGCCAAAAAAAGCUGAUGAGAAUUGCAAAGGAAAUAGUCACCAAGCUGAAAGGAAAUCCAUUAGCAGCUAAAAGUGUGGGCACACUUUUGAGAAGAAAUAUUGAUGAGAUUCACUGGAGAAAAAUUUUGGAUAGUGAUGAGUGGAAGUUAGAAAAUGGGAUAGAUGGCAUUGUGCCAGCACUAAUGCUCAGUUACAAUCACUUAUCUUAUCACCUUCAGCUGCUCUUCUCAUAUUGUGCUUUGUUUCCAAAGGGUUACAAAUUUGAUAAAGAUCAGUUGAUACGGAUGUGGAUUGCACUUGGCUUUGUCAUGGACGAAAGAAGGAAACUGGAAGAUGCAGGAAGUGACAGUUUUGAUGAUUUGGUUGACCGGAGCUUUUUUCAGAAAGAUGAACACUGCUUUGUUGUACAUGAUCUGAUACAUGAUGUAGCACGAGAAGUCUCACUACAUGAAUGCCUUACAGUUGAUGGCUCAGAUCUUCAAAAAGUCUUCCCAUCUGUUCGUCAUGUUGGCAUCUGGACUGAGUUGGUUUAUAAUGAACAGAACAUAGAACGUAGUAUAACUUUUGAAGAAAAGCUAGAUCAAAUUCAGAAUAAUGUUAUCCUGACAAGCUUGGAGAGUUUAAUGCUGGUAGGUGUGUAUGAUGAGAACUUCUCAACAAAAUUUGUGAAGAUUCUGGAUCAAUUGCGUUAUAUCCGGGUACUUAAGAUAUCAGCGAUGCCCUUCAAUGCUGAAAUUUUGCUAUCCAGUGUCAAAAAGUUCAUCCAUCUUCGCUAUUUAGAACUGAAAUUUGAUUCUGACUUGCAUAAACCUUUGCCUGAUGCAAUAUGUAAGCUCUACCACCUACAGGUACUAGAUGUCAGACAUUGGAGAGGUCUGGAUAACUUGCCAAAGGGUAUGAGUAAUCUUGUCAACCUACGCUGUCUGUUUGUUCCAGGGUCAGGAUCAUUGUACUCAAAUAUAUAUCGAGUUGGUCAACUUAAGUUUCUACAAGAACUGAAAGAAUUUCGGGUUCGACAAGAGAAUGGCUUUGAAAUUUCACAGCUGGAAAAUUUAAAUGAAAUCAGAGGGUCACUUAGUAUUUUGGAUCUUGAGAAUGCCACAAAGCAAGAGGCAUGUCGAGCAAGGAUUAAAGACAAAAAGCAUCUGCGUAAACUUUCACUAUCAUGGGCAACUUCAAGCAUAAGUCCUGCUAUUCAGAAAGAAAUAAUGGAAGUUCUUGAACCACAUUAUUACCUUGACCAUCUUUGUGUCCUCAAUUAUGCUGGUGCUACUCCAUCAUGGUUACGAGAAAAUUUUUCGCUCAGCAAUUUAGAAAACCUCCAUCUCCAAAACUGCGCAGCAAUGCAGACCCUACCACCGUUUGAAAAGAUGCCAUCCUUGAAGACACUCUCCUUAGUUGAUAUGCCCUCUCUGAAAGAUGUCGGGAUUGACUUUGGUUGUGGCAGUGCAAAUACAGAUACAGAUUCCCAGUCCUCUGAGGAAGAUGAACUCGAGUUAAGUGAAAUUGAAAUAUCCAAGUGUUCAGCUUUAAAAUCCAUAAGGCUUCAUUCCUGCAAAGCACUGACUAAAUUAAGCAUCAGCAACUGCAAAGCACUAGCUUUCUUAGAGGGUUUGCCAUCUCCAGAUCAACUGAAGCACUAUGUUGUCCAUGGAUGCCCUCAGUUUCCACCUGGUUCCAUCUGAAAUCAACUAUCUAAUUAAGAAGUGGGAAGAUCGAGCUGCUGAUUGGUUUGUCCUGGAUAGGCCGGAUGUGGGCAGGAUCGAUUAUUCUAAAUUUGUCGUUCUUACUAUUCUCAUUGGAGGCAACUUGAACUAAAUUAAAUGGGAUUGUUUUGUCCUGGAUAGAUAGACCGGAUGAUCUGUAAUGAGGUGGUACAAAUAAGUUGUUUGCGUAGAUGUAUGGGACAAAUCCAAGGAUAUGUUUGAUUAGAUGUAUUUGAUGAUACGAGAAUAUGUUUAGUUGCUUAGAAGACAUGAUUACAUUAUUAUAUAAUUAAAUUAUUGUUCAAAAAUAUUUUAUGCAA